AGGCAUGGAGGCACAGAGACUUCCUUGUCCCCUGGUCUCACUUGAUGAUCAACCACUUCAGCUGUCUUGCCUUCAGGCUGUACCAGCGGCAUCACAUCUCUCAGUAAACCCGGUGGUUCUCCAGCCAGAACAAGCACCCUCUCAGACUAUAUACCUGAAAACUUUUACCCUGCCACUUUAUCAAUCCAAUGUGUCAGAAUGCCGUCAGCCAAAUCACAAGCUACCCACAGGCCAAACCAAUAUCAGCUUGGAUAGCACUCGUAUACCUUUAAUCGUAAACCCUCAUUUACAUUCAGAGCGAACGGAUCAACUUCAGGCAAUCAUUCAGAAGCAGCCUGGGACAAUAAACAUAGUUAGUGGCUUACCAGUUUUGCCACAAAAUUCUUCUCUAUAUACACCACUUGGAAGCCCAGGGAAAUCCAAAAGUGCUGGGAAGUACCUCUGUAAACACUGUGGGCGUGAUUGCUUGAAGCCAAGUGUUCUUGAGAAACACAUGCGUUCACAUACAGGUGAGAGGCCUUUCCCGUGUACAACAUGUGGCACUGCAUUUAAAACCCAAAGCAAUCUGUAUAAACACAGGAGAACCCAAACUCAUGUCAACAAUGCCAGGCUGCCCUCAGAGCCUGACAGUAGUAGCCCAUUAGAAGAAAAUGAGAAGGUGACUGAGAGUGUUGAAUCCCCCCAGAGAACAAAAGCCAAUGAUGGAAGCUGUGACCACCCAAGGACAAUGAUUAAACAAGCUAAUUCAGAGUCUACUUCUGUAGUAACCAAUGAGAAGCAUCCUCUUGACGCUUCACUGCCAGCAAUGAAUGCUUCACUCCUUAUAUCUGAAAGCCAGUGGGUGACAACAGACAACUCCUAUCAUGGAGGAGCAAAUCAGAGUUUACUAGAGACAGAGACCACAAAGGAUUCAGCAAAUCUGCUCCAGAGAAGGAAGAUCCAGGAGCAAAUUUCCCCAACAGUAAGUAAGCACAGUCAGCUACAGAGGCAGCAAGCCACGUAUUCGGAGAAGCUAUGGGACAGCAGAUCUCCAGAUUACAAGCUGAAGAAGUGUGAGAGCACAGACUCAGGUUAUCUGUCACGCUCUGAUAGCGUGGAGCAGCAGAUGCUGUCUCCCGGCCCCCUGCAUAGUCUUUGUGAACACAGCACAGAAUCAGAAAGUGAUACAGGCAUUAGCAAUCUCAGGUGCUCUGCAGGAAAUAGUUCAAAAGUAGAUUCAGCUGGGAAAGCAACAGGAGCCUUAACUUUAGAGAAAAAGAAGUUGGAAGAACAUAUCUCAAAACUGAUCUCUCAUAAUAAAGCUGUGGUGGACGACACACAAUUGGACAAUGUAAGACCCAGGAAAACAAUCCUGUCUAAGCAGGGCAGCAUUGAUUUGCCAAUGCCUUAUACAUAUAAAGAUUCGUUCCAUUUUGACAUACGGCCUCCUGACCUAAACAGGAAAAAGAAUCUUUCGCUGUUCUCAGCCAAGUCCAUCUUCACACCCAUGGAAAAACCCAAACCACUGUUUUUUCACUCAGUUCCCACUCAGUUCUCAACAACAAUAGACUGUAUUCCUGUAACCAGAAGUAACUCUCUGCCGUUUAUUGAGGGUACAAAGAGGAUACAGGACCGAGUGGAUAGCUCAAAAUAUCCUUCUUUCAGUAGAAUCUCGCCGAAUACAAGUUUUUCUGGUUUGUUGCAUAGCAACAACUUUGCUGCAAGUAUGACAGAUAUCCCGAACAGUCAUCCCCGAGCACUUGUCAGACAGGUGGCGGUAGAUGACUUGCCGUUGAGUCACGUGACUGAAUCUUCACCUUCUUUGGAAGAGAUGAAAGGCACCAAAAAGCUUGGAACUGGAGGGGAAGGAGCAAACACAAAAUAUAAGAAACCCAACCAAAGAAAAUUAAAAAUGUUUUCUCAGGAAAAAUGGCAGGUCUAUGGGGAUGAGACGUUUAAGAAAAUCUACCAGAAAAUGAAAAGUAAUCAAACGGCCAAGAAACAAAAGGGAAAUAAGGGAACAGACAUUUCAGACUUUCAUUCGGAUACCAAGGAAACAGCUAGUCAUGAGGGACUUAGCCUGCCAAGAGAUGGCAAAAGCCCAACAAUUAGAAAUCUGGUUUCAUCGCCAGUAGCCAUUUCAGCCAAACAAAAUACUAAAGAGCCAGAAAGCUGUUCCAUUGGUAGUCCUAUAUUGCAGCGUGCUUCUUCACAAGAGAAUUCAAGUAGCUAUGCAGAAUCAAUGGAAACGUCAUUUUCAGUCGGUGGCCGUGAACACAGCGGAGCGACUGAAACAUUUCUUGUACAUGGAUGCAGAGAGUUGUGCGUUUCAAAGCAAGACCCGACUGGCAGCGACCAGGUCCUGUCUUUCAGUACUGAUUCUGAAUUGAGAUUAAAACUUCAGCAGGCUACAGACCAGGAUAGUGCCACAGUAAACAUCACUAGCCACAGUGAUAAUGGCUCAGAAGAGACAUGUGUACAAGGGGAGUUUAUUAAGUGUUUACCACUAAAUGAGGUUGUUUCAAGCAACAAAGGAGAAGAUACCAGUGGGAAGGAAAGUUUCCAACUUGCACUGGUGGCUUUACCGCCACACCAUUGCAACAGCAGUGAGCCCGUGCAGACACCCCAAAAGUUACCCUCCGAAAGAAAAAAGCUAAAAGUGGAUAAAGUGAAGAGCAAAGAAAAUGCAACCUUAAAAACCAGUCUUGGUCCCAGUAGCUCAGCAGAGAGAAUUGUGAAAUUGCUAGACUGUUACACAGUUAUUGAUAAGGAUGCUCCGGAAUCAAUAGAUCACUCAGUUAAAGGUGAAAACCAGACAGCAGUGGUAGGAGCAAAUGCAUCAAGUACCAGCAUGGAAUAUGAAGAAGCAGUCCAGCCUACUGUAAUGACCUCUAAUAAUAAGAAUUAUGUUGCUGGUCUUACUGAUACAGCAAGUGGAUCAGCAGUUUCUUUUUCUGAGCACAGGACUGAGGGAACAAAGGAAUACACUUGUAAUUCAUUUGUUUUACAAAGGCUGACCCAAAAACCAUGCCCCACAAUAAUGGAGAAAGAAAUGUCAUCAAAGAGUGGAGACAUGGCAACAGUACCUACCCCCACUCAUCUAGCAUUUGAUCAAGUAACUCCUCAUCUAAAGAAAAAUGACUUUCUCCCAAAAUAUAUCCUGAAAUAUUCACAAGAAGGGAAUAGUACAAUCAUGCCAUUGAUUCUUGCCGGAGAGCCAGAGAAUAAGCCCUGUGUAUCACUGCCAGGCACUUUGACCGACUCACCUUGUUCUGCCAGUAACACUAGGUCCGUUGCAAGUCCUUCAGACACAUGUUUGUGUCCUUUGCAACUGGAAUGGAGUCAUCCAACCAGAGCAGAAGAGCUAAAAUGGGAUGCGCGUACAACCUGGAAAUCUCUGGUCGCUUGUCCACCAGCUAUCCUAGAAACAACCAGCAUUACAACCAGCUGUCAUCUUCAAAGUGCCAGGCAACAUGAGAAGAUGAAAAGUAUGUGGAAAGGAGCACCUAAUAGAGACAGUUUAGGAGAUCAAAAGUCAGCACAGGAAGGGCAUGGACACACGAUUGUUUGUACAUCACACACUCCAGGGAAGAAACUAUGUUUUACAACUAUGUAUACAGGCGGGUUUUUCAUAUCUUCAGACAUGACUGGGCGGAGUUCGGCCCUACAGUUAAUACACUCAGGGAACAGCUCAGUAAUAUCAGUUUCUUCAUUGGUUGAAAGGACUGUUUUAUGCAGAAAUACUGAGGAGGAACUCAAGGAAUGGCAGUCAGAUGUUAAUUCUUUUCCAGGAUUUCAGGGCCUGCCCACCUGUUCGGUGGGUAAUUCCAAAAGUAUUUGCCAUUCCUCCGACAAGCUUUAUUGCCAUGUCCUCUGCACUCAAGAAAAGGAAGUGCACAUUCUGCCCCAAUUAAGUGUAGUUUCUCAUGUAGGAAACUCAAAAGUCCCAAAGAUGCAUAUAUCCUUCCCAACACUAAACGUUGAGCCUCAGUUGACUUGGUGUUGCUUAAACAGAAACCUCCCUCUUCCAGUUGAGCAGAAGGAGAUAAAAGAUUCUGCUUAUUCUGCCUUGCAUACUGCUAAGCAUGAAAACGUCGUUUCCAAAUGUACCCUGUCCUUUUGCAAAAUGAAAAACACCAGGAAGGCUUCUAGCAAAGGCUUGACAACUAGAACUCCCGAAAUACCAACCUCUUCUUUUCCACAGAGGCAGCAGAUAGAGAAGGUAAUGUCUUUACUCCUCAGGAAGAGAACCGACCAUUUGUACUUUUCAACACCUGGAGUUGACGGGCUGUUUAAAAACGUACCAGAGCCAGAAAAAGCAAAAGAAAACCUUCUCAAAAUGAGAGGACUCACAACAAAUAAUGCAAAGAGAAACCGUAAAAGGAAAAAGGUGAAGUUCAACUCAAAACGAUGCAGUUAUGGACAUAGACACAUCCUGUUGAAAACAAACAGGCUGAGCAAGCAACAGCGGGCAAAAACCAGGACCUCGGAGACUCCAAAAAAGCACUCCCAUCCCCACACAUCUGACAGCCGUGAGCAUUGCAUAAAAUGCCUUUGUCUUCCAACAGCCUUUCAAGGAAAUGACCAAAAUGUACAGCAGGAAACAUCUCAUGCCACUACUGAUAAAGCAACCUCCCCUGUGAAAAAGAAUCAGAUGAAUGAAGAUGUUUCCAGAUCUACUGAUGAGCACUCAAGUAUCAGCAUCUCUCUUCAGAGAAUUGCUGCAGUUCCAGAUGUACCAAGAGCAACAUAUUCCUGCCCGUUGGUCAGUAAUGCAUCGAUGCAAAAAGCCAGCAACUUUGACGAUUGCCCCUUAGGAAUACUUCAAAAAGAGCCACAGCCAGCUAUUAAUUCUGAUCAUUGUUGGCCUUCCUCUGGGACUUGUAACUUUGAAUUCAAAGAUGUAAACAAGAGCCAUCCACAUAACCUUGUGGAUUCUCAGGUCACUAGUCCUAUUUUUGUAGGGUCAAAAGCAGACUGCAAUAACAUGGAAUCAGAGAAUCAACAUUUUACUCUCUCAAAGUCAUCUGUAGACAUCUCAGAAAGAGAAGAGCAAUCCACGGAUAAGGAUUUGUAUCCGUCUUUAAAAGAACAGCUCACCUCCACCCUCCAAACUCCAUAUCCUGUUUUACUCACAUCAAAGCUGCUUACUGAGAUAUCAGUUUCAAGUAAUCUUUUACCUGGCUCAUUGCAUGUGCAGGAGAUAAACAGCUCUUCUGGCUACCUUAGAUGUACAGACAAGAACCACCAUUCUAUGAAAGCAGAUAAUAGCCAAGAAAAGAUUUGUAAACCCGGAUUUCCUACUUCUGAAAACCCCUCUGCUUUUCAGGGCCCUGGAACACUAUCCAAAUCAUACAAAAAACAAAGCUUGGAAAUGAUGAACAAACAAAGUCACGUGGAAUAUGAUGACACCAGCAGCAGUGAUGAUGAAGACAGGCUAAUUAUAGAAAUAUAACAGAUUGUUGAAGAUUUAACAUCAU